AUGGACGCUGCCAGAAGAUUAUCGAGAUCUGCUGAAGGCGCAGCCAGUGGUUCCAACGGAGACACUGGUGCACGCCAGGGGCAACUACCGCUGCAAGCCACUCGCUUCUCCUAUGCACAACAACCGCAAAUGAAGGAUGUUAAACGAAGGACGCCAGCGAGGAAUGCUGUCAAUUCGCCUUUCGGCCAAUAG